CGGAUUUUAACUGCCGUUUUGGACUUUUUUACGGCCGACGCUUACCGCCACAGCCAGACAAAAUGGCGGCCAGUCAAGGUAUGUGUAGAUAAAAAAAACACCUAUAAAGCUAGUUUUAUUGCGUGUAAUGAUCGGAAAUUACUGCAAUGUACUCUUUAUAUAAUCUAAAAAGAUUUAUACAAGUUUCAAGAUCUUUACAACCCGAUAAGGGAACAAAUUUUGUGCAUAAAGAGAUAGUAUACUCAUGCUACAUAAAGCACGCGAAGCGUCUAUAUCACUUUAUCUCUCUUACUCUUUCCGAAGGUAAUCCUGAUAUAACUGCUGUUCGUCGAAGGACAACAAGCUUUCACUGUUGUGUUCCUCGUUGCACUGGAGAUUCUCGGUACAACACUGAGCUGACAUUUCACAGAAUACCUAGUAGACCAAGUGACUAAGAAAUCAGAAAGAAAUGGCUUGUAAAAAUUCGUAGAGACGAAGGGCCAAGUUUCAAGAUUUCCAAUGGUACCAGAGUAUGCUCUAGACAUUUUAGUGAAGAGGACUAUCUUGCACCUGAUAAUGCAGGACGGCGAAUGCUGAAGGGGGGAUCUGUGCCAUCAAGAUUUGACUGGUCUUCUCAGCCGAAAUCAAGGAGAAAGAUU